CUUAACCAGUGAGUGUGGACGAACGUAACCCUAGAAAUAAGCAAAAACAUCAUCCCUUACUGGUGCAGAGUGUGUGUGUGUGUGUGAGAGAGAGAGAGAUUGAUGGGGGGGAUUAUGGGGAAAGAGCAAGAAGGAGGAGGAUCAUCCGAGGAGGUAGAUGAUAGAUCAGUAGUAAUAUUAGCUUCAGAUCUUGGUAUAGAUGCUAGACCAUUCUUGAAUUCAUCAACAUCAGAAGAAGAAACAACUAAGAAUUGGCAUGAUUGUCCUAGUACUCUUACUUAUACUGAUGAAAAUCUAGACUUCUCUGAUCUUGAUGAGUUACAAAUCUUUUCUCUUCAAGGUUAUGAUAAGUCUGGUAAUCGUAUCGUCCGUAUCGUCGGAAAAUACUUCCCAGCACCCGUGGUGAGUGGGGAGAGAUUGAAGAAGUAUAUAUACCAUAAGAUAUUCACUGAAUUGUCUAAUGGUCCAUUUUGCAUACUUUAUUUGCAUAGCACUGUUCAGAAAGAAGAUAAUAACCCUGGUUUGUCCAUCUUGAGGUGGAUUUACGAAGAGCUUCCCUUGGACUAUAAGGAGAGAUUGCAAGUUCUGUAUUUUGUUCAUCCAGGAUUACGAUCCAGAUUAGUCUUUGCUACACUUGGGAGGUUUUUCUUAAGUGAAGGAUUAUACUGGAAAAUAAAGUAUGUUAGUCGAUUGCAGUAUUUAUGGGAAGAUAUGAAAAAGAAUGAGGUUGAAAUUCCUGAAUUUGUGGCAAACCAUGAUGAUGUUCUCGAAGAUAGACCCUUGACAGAUUAUGGGAUAGAGCCUGAUCCUCUUCAUCUGACGGAGGUUCCGUCUAUGCGGUACUCAUUGGGGAGGCAUGAAGAAAGAUGGGCAUCACGGGAAUAUAUAAGCUAGCAUGUAUCUCGGUUUCUCAGUGCAAAUAAUUUAUCUUUGGCAAACUAAGCCAAACAGGGAGUUGUAUAGUUAGCGUUAUGUAUAAAAUAUGAGAAGGAUAAUCCUAAAUCAUCUUUAUACUUAAUAACUUGUACCACGUUUUGAGCUUCUCCAAGGUGUUGCCUGAUCGACGGAUAUAUAUCACCUUCAGUGUAUGCAGUAUUGGCCUGCAAUUUCUCAGUAAUUGUAAGAAUAGUUGGAAAGCCAUACCUUCACCAAUUAAGGGUUUGCAUCAUUAUUGACAGCAGCAACGCCCUUUGAAUUCCCCAAGGUGAUUUCAGGCAGCAGCUGAAGAGUCGGUGAAUAUGGUAGCCCGUCCACAUGCGUAUUCUGAUUUCAGGCAGCAGCUGAAGAGUCCGUGAAUAUCAUAUCCCAUCCACACACGUAUUCGCACCAGGCGGUGGCCCUUAACCUCGUUGCCAGUAGAUUCUUUACCUUGUUGUCAGUAGACUCUUUACAUCAUUUGUGCCUCAGUGAGGAGCUUUUGUUCUGCACUAACAAUUCUGAAAAUGCUUGAUAGUUUAAUUCCAUUGCUCGGUGUGCAACACUGAAGCGUGAACCUAAAUCAACGUGUUUUGUAGUUGGGUGAAAAUAUAUUUGGAAAGAAAACUAGUUUAAGAACA